CCUUCAACCAUCGCGGCUACCGUAGCCAUAAUAGCUAGCUAAAAUAGCUGCUUCUUGACGCUGUGGUUGAGGAUUAAAGUUUGCUAAACCUGUUCAUAUUCCGGUUUUAAUGAACAUUCAUAGCUCGCUCCAACCAAUUUAAGAGCUGGGGGGGACACACCUUAAAUCCGGGAUGUGCUCUGUUUUGGGUUGCGGUUCAUGGCGUCGCAGUGCGCAACGGUUCAAGUUACCAGAGGAUCCAGAGAAGAGACUGGAGUGGGUUCAGUUUCUCGCUACGGUCAAUAAGCAGCGUUUUAAGGAAUCGUCCUGGACUGACAUCACUAUUUGUAGCGAACACUUUAAAUAUGACUGUUUUGAAAACCCCACUCCGAGCCACUUAGGCUUGACUGGCAAGCUCCAGCUAACGUUAAAAGCCAGUGCUGUACCAUCACUGUGCCUCCAGUCAGAGUCAGACGAACCACAGCCAAAUCUGGAGAAUCCAAAAUGUGUGGAGCCUGUGGAAACGGCAGCGGUCCUUCAUCAGCAUGAUGUACUUAAAGCCACCCAAGGGGGCCCAGUCCCAAGAGCUCUCUCAUCUUCAUCUGUUACUUCAGAUGCUUUUACGUCUGGAUAUGUCCAGAGGCAGCCAAACGAUAUGAAUAUUCAUUUGGUCAUGGAAAAAGCUGCACUUCUAAAGAUGAAGGGGAAGUAUAUUGUGAACGAAAAACGCCUCCUUCAGUUGUUCAGCUGUAAGUGCCCAUCAUGUGGAUGUAAACUUAAGACAGAGAAGGUCACCCUUGGGCUAUUUAUCAUCUUGAAUCAGCAGUGUCUUCAGUGUGAGUACAGAAACCAGUGGAAAAGCCAGGUCAACACCAGUAUCCCAACAGCUGAAGAGCAACACCUGAGAGGAUGCACCGAAGUAAUUUCAGAGACCCAAAAGGCAGCGCCAACAGAUGACACCCACAUCAGUAUCACAUGUGUGCCAGAGGAUGUUGCUGUUGCUGAUGAGGAGAGUGAAAGUGAGGUAUCUAGUGAUCAGGGUGACAUGGAUUCAGAUGAGGACUGGAAACCAGCAAAACAUCUUUUUCCGACUGGAGUGCUUCAAAAGGCACCUGGUGAGGAAACUGAAGAUGAAGACGAAGAGGAAGACUAUGAUAGUCCUCCUCCACUCCCCAAACACAGUCAACUCUGCGCAGAGUGUGGGCUGUUUUUCAAUCGACGGUGGCCUCACACAUGCAAGCACAAAAUUAAGCCAUAUCCAUGCAAUAUUUGUGGCAAGAGAUGUGUUAGUGAGGUAGCUCUAAAUACUCAUAGCAGAAUCCAUGAUGAAAAUUACAAGCAUCAAUGCAAAUACUGCCAGGUUACUUUCAAAACAAAGGUGGACAAGGUCACUCACGAGCAGAUCCACAUGACUGAAGGAAAGCCUUAUAAAUGUCCUGACUGCUCAGAGACAUUUGCCACAAAUAAGGAACGUAAAAUCCACCUGGAGGAUCACAGAGGCCCCAAGCAAUUAAACUGUCACAUCUGCGGGAUGGAAUUCCUCUGGCCCCUUUCUCUCCAAAGGCACUUAGCUGUACACACAGGAGUGAAGCCGUACAAGUGUUCAGUGUGCCAGCGUGGCUUCAACCAGGCGAGCCAUCUGAAGUCUCACAUGCGUCUGCACACGGGGGAGAGACCUUAUAAGUGUCAGCAUUGUGACAAACGCUUCAAUCACAACGUGAGCUUGAAGAGUCAUGUCCAGCGUUACCACACAUCGAGUUCUGGACAUGAACAGAAGGAAGAAGAGACAAAGGAAAGCAGCACUGGUGAUUUUCAGGACAAUGGGAUCAAGAGAGGUGCAGAGCCGAGACUUGACAAUGUAGAUGAAGAGCAUGAUACAGAAGACGAGGUGCUGGAGGAGAGAAUAUAUAGAGCUAAAAAGAAAAGGAGAAGCACAGGUAGACCCAUAGGAAGGCCUAAGAGCUAUGCAUCUGGAAACACGGUUCUGGCGAUUGAAGUGGAAGGCCAGGGCGCACACACUGAGGCUCACCAAUUACAGGUGGAGAAGUUAAGGAGAAGGCAAUGCAGUGAUGAAGGAAGCGAGGAUGAGCUAACUGACAGUGAUGUAAACUUUGAUUCAGCAGAAGAGGAAGAGGAGAGGAGCCAGGAGGCGAUAAAGAUCACAGAGAGAUCAGGGGGUAAAGGGAAAAACUCUGACAGUGACUCUGAUUUUGAUCCUGAAAACUCAAAGGAAAAAAGGCAGAGAGGUCCGAGUUUAGGGAAGCGCAGGGGAAGACCAAGAAAACAUGAGGUGGUGUGAAUAUUAUUAAAAUGAACAGUCAAAGAAUUUAUGUUUAACGGUUUAAAUUCCUUGUACUUAGUUCAAAUUACUGGUUUACACUAUGUGAUGCUGAUUGAUCUGUAAACUAGUUAAAGGUUAGUCACAAAUGCUGCUAAAAGGGACUGUGAAUUUACUUCUGCUAGGCAUCUGACCUGCUAUGAGUGUUAACAUUUUUGUGGC